AUGGCUCCAGGAAAUCAAACUCCCGUGACUGAGUUCAUCCUCGUGGGAGUCUCAGACCGUCCAGACCUCCAGAUUCCACUCUUCUUUGUUUUCUUGGUCAUCUAUGGAUUGACUGUGGCAGGGAAUGUGGGCAUCAUCACUCUCACCAGUGUUGACUCUCAACUUCAAACCCCCAUGUACUUUUUCCUCCGGCAUUUGGCUAUCAUCAAUCUUGGCAAUUCUACUGUCAUUGCCCCUAAAAUGCUAGUGAACUUCCUGGAUUCAAAGAAAACCAUAUCCUACUAUGGAUGUGCAGCACAACUGGGUGGAUUCUUAGUUUUUAUUGUGGCUGAGGUUUUCUUGCUGGCUGCAAUGGCUUAUGACCGCUAUGUGGCUAUUUGCAACCCCCUGCUCUACAAGGUGGUGGUGUCUCCACAGAUCUGCCUUCUGAUGGUAUCCCUCACAUACCUCUACAGUCUGACCACAGCACUAACUGUCUCUUCUUGUGUCUUCUCUGUGUCAUAUUGCUCUUCCAAUGUAAUCAACCAUUUUUACUGUGAUAAUGUCCCUUUGUUAGCAUUAUCCUGUUCUGACACCUAUAUUCCAGAGACAGCUGUGUUUACCUUUUCAGGGACCAAUUUGUUUUUCUCUAUGAUUAUUGUGUUAGUAUCCUACUUCAACAUCGUCCUUGCAGUCUUGAGGAUACGUUCUUCAGAGGGGCGACAAAAAGCCUUUUCCACCUGUGCUUCUCACAUGAUGGCUGUCACUGUGUUCUAUGGGACUCUUCUCUUCAUGUAUUUGCAACCAAGGACUAAUCACUCAUUAGAUACUGAUAAAAUGGCCUCAGUAUUCUACACUCUAGUGAUACCAAUGAUGAAUCCCCUCAUUUACAGCCUAAGGAACAAGGACGUGAAGGAUGCAUUGAAGAGAUUUGAUAACCCAUGUUAA